UGUGCAGGCGGAGGAAGACGUGGUGACACAGGGCAGCCGGUGUGGCUCGGUAUGCCUCCGGGGCCCCCCGGCCAUGUUCGUGCAGGAGGAGAAGAUCUUCGCUGGGAAGGUGCUGAGGGUCCAUGUGUGCUCCAUGGAGGGGGCCGAGUGGCUGGAGGAGGUCACUGAGGACACCACGGUGGACAGACUGAAGGAGCGCUGCCUGAAACACUGCGCCCAUGGCAGCUUCGAAGAUCCUAAAACCUUAACACAUCACAAGUUGAUCCACGCCUCUUCAGAACGUGUGUUGUCCGACACAAAGACCGUUGCAGAAGAGAAUAUUCAGGACAAAGAUGUCUUGUUACUGGUUAAAAAGAGAGCACCACCUCCACCGCCAAAGAUGGCCGAAGUGUCGGCUGAGGAAAAGAGAAAGCAGGAACAGAAUGCUCCGGACAAAGACGCAAUACUCAAGGCCACCUCCUCUCUUCCUGCUCGCAACGCAGACCGCACUGUCACGCAGCACAACAUGCGAGACUUUCAAACUGAGCUUAGGAAAAUCUUGGUGUCAUUAAUUGAAGUUGCUCAAAAGUUGCUGGCGCUGAACCCAGACGCCGUUGAGUUAUUUAAAAAGGCCAAUGCCAUGUUGGAUGAAGAUGAGGAGGAUCGAGUGGAUGAAAUUGCCUUGAGACAGUUAACCGAGAUGGGAUUCCCAGAAAGCAGAGCCGUCAAAGCCCUGCGUUUAAAUCACAUGUCGGUAACACAGGCCAUGGAGUGGCUGAUCGAACAUGCGGAUGACCCCACAGUAGACACUCCUCUUCCAUGUGAGAACUUCUCCGAAGCAGCAGGGGGCACUGCACCCAGUGAAGCGGAGUCAAGAUCAAGCCAAGGGGCCACUGGCGAGGACCUGAAGGAUGAGCUUACAGAAAUAUUUAAGAAGAUACGCAGGAAACGAGAAUUCCGUCCAGACCCUCGUGCUGUCAUAGCUUUGAUGGAGAUGGGGUUUGAUGAAAAAGAGGUUAUAGAUGCUUUGCGGGUGAAUAACAAUCAGCAAGACGCAGCAUGUGAGUGGCUGUUAGGAGACAAGAAACCUUCACCGGAGGAUUUAGACAAAGGAAUCGAUACCACGAGCCCUCUGUUCCAAGCCAUCUUGGAUAACCCUGUAGUGCAGCUAGGCUUAACUAAUCCAAAAACACUGUUAGCUUUUGAAGAUAUGCUUGAAAACCCAUUGAACAGCACUCAGUGGAUGAACGACCCUGAGACAGGACCUGUAAUGCUUCAAAUCUCUAGGAUUUUUCAAACAUUAAAUCGCACGUAGGAUUCUGCGCUCCCCGAGGGAACGACCUUUUAAUGUCUCCCAUAGCCUCUGGGAUUUUCUCUGUGUGGGGAGGGUUUACAAACUCCUUGGUGGGUUUUUAGAGAGUUUGAUCGCCUUGUGGUGUUCUUCUCAGGAGUGUGUUGGUGUGCGCGUGUCUGAUUGGAAAUUUUAUUUUUACUUUACAGAGCAGAUCUGGAAGCCCCUCUUGGACUGCACAUCCUGCAAUUCUCUUCCAGCCAGGCUCUCAAGUUUUAAGUUUUUUUUAUAGUUUGGUAAAUCUACCAAUAUUCUUCUAAGCUGUGAAAUAUGCAGAUGUAGAACGAUCCUGUAAUUUAGCGUACAAAGUGAGAAUUAUGUAAAAAAAACUACACUUUUAAGCAAGUUGAUUGAUUCCCAGUGUAGUAGAAUAUUAUAUUAAGUAGAUGCUUUUAUCUUGGCACCAAGAUGGCAAUGAUUUUGCAGUUUUGUCAUAUCGCCAGGGUUUUGAAAUGCGGCCCCAGGAUUGAAUUCUAUAUCCUAUAAUUUUAUGUAAAGAAAUAUUGUAGUCCCCCAAAGUAUUGGGUACCGCAGCCUGUUGCCCCAAUAAAUCCUAAGUCACGUGUUUGUUCCUCUUCAGUCUUCAGGAUCACAAAACCGUUGUGGAUUUCAGGAUAUUGCCCCUGGACCUACAGCAAAGCUGCCUUUGGUAAAAUCAUGUAUUCAUACCCAUUUUAAAAAAUGUGAUAUAAUACAAUCUUGGCUCUGUGUGUGAUCUUAAGGACCAGGCCGAUAUAAAUGCCAAGAGAAAGUGGCGGAUAUUGAAUGCUGGUUUCAUACCGGGUUAUUCCUUAGUACUGUGCCGGUACAUCAGGGCACUGCAGAUGUUGGUGGACUUGCCAAGUCGUUUGCUAGGUGAGCAUUAUGGGAAAUGAAGUCCACAAAUCUCUGUAGCUCCAUGUUAAGUCAUCACUAACCCUUGAUAUAGGCAGACAUACUGGGUUUAUUCACUAAAGAGAAUUAACAAAGGAAUUACCAAACUAAUGGAAAAUUGCUAAGUUUCUGGAGAAAAAGAUUAUCAGAUUUUCUUUUCCAAACUUGCCUUUUUUUGGAAUAUGAUUUGUAAUUCCCUUGUUAUUUUUCCCCACUAUAACCUGUGUAAUGACUACAACUCACUUUUUUAUCUUUUUGUUGUUUUCUUGUGAUUGUUUAUCUUAUGUAUUGCUACCUUUUGGGCUGUAUUAAUUUGGAUUGUUUUUAAUAAUUUCUGAUUUUCUCUUUUCAUGCUGGUAACUCCUGUAUUUAUUGAAAGUGUAAACAGAAUAUAAGAGAACACAGAAAAUGGACAAAAACUCAA